UUCCCGGCACACCUUGCUCUUCCUGGAUACUGAGGCUUCGCGGCGGCCGCGCGGACCCGCGGCUGGAGAGUGAGGGUCCGAAGCGCGCGGGCUGGGGGCCUGGGGUCCCGCCCCGCCGCUGGAGGGACCGUCUGCUAGGGACCCUCAUCCCCGCCUCCGGGCGGACGCCCCCCUCCCCGGUUCCCUGCUGGAGCGGUCCCCUGCCCACUCUCCCGCCCUCAUGGGGCCUCCCUCCUGGAGAACCUAUUCGGUUUGUCCCUCGUUGCUCGGCUGCUGAGGACUUAGAGGAGUCCUUGUGCUCCACCCUGAGCUGCUCGGCGCCGUAGGCCCCCACCGGAGAGGCCCUGCCCUCUUGCCCUUAGGGAGAGGAGUCGGGUAGCCGGAGCCUGCCCUCGGCUUCAGCUGGCUCAUGGUGAAGCCCGUCUCUAGGAGCGUGCCAUGGAGGAGUUCCAGCACUCCUACAGCCGGCUGUGCAAGGAAAGUGGGUCUGAGCCCCAGGAAACUGUCCUGCAGCAACUGCAGGAGCUGCCACGGGGCCGGCUGGACCUGGCCACCCAGAGCCUGACCGUGGACACCUGCAGGGCCUUGGGCAAGCUGCUGCAGAAGGAGGUACUGCUGACGGAGCUCAUCCUGAGUGACUGCAUGCUCAGCGAGGAAGGAGCUACACUGCUGCUCCAGGGGCUGUGUGCCCACACCGUUGUGCGGUUUCUGGAUCUAAAGGGCAAUAACCUUCAAGCUGCAGGUGCUGAGGCUCUGGGACAACUCCUCCGGCAGAACAAGUCCAUUCAGAGCCUCACCCUGGAGUGGAACAACCUGGGCACGUGGGAAGAUGCCUUCGCCACCUUCUGCGGAGCCCUGGCGGGCAACGGCACCCUUCGGCAGCUGGACCUCCGCAACAACCAGAUCAGCCACAAGGGCGCGGAGGAGCUGGCCUUGGCCCUGACAUGCAACGCCAGCCUCCAGCAGCUGGACCUGCGCUGGAAUAGCAUCGGCCUCCUGGGGGGCCGGGCCCUGGUGAACUCUCUCCCCCGCAACAGAACCCUGUGGAGGCUGGAGCUGGCUGGGAAUAACAUCCCAGGCGACAUCCUCAGAGCUGUGGAGCAAGCAAUGGACCACAACCAGGAGCGGCAGACCACUUCCCGAGAGAACCAGGCCCGCACCCAUGUGCUCAGCAAGGAGGUAAAACACCUCCAGGAAGAGAAAUCCAGGCAGUUUCUGGACUUGAUGGAGACAAUUGAUAAGCAGCGAAAAGAGAUGGCCAGGAGCAGCAGGGCAUCGGCAGCAUGCGUGGGGCAGCUUCAGGAAGCCCUGAAUGAGAGACAUUCCAUCAUCAAUGCCCUCAAGGCCAAGCUGCAGAUGGCCGAGGCCGCCCUGGCCCUGUCAGAGCAAAAGGCCCAGGGCCUGGGGGAGCUCUUGGCCACCGCGGAGCAGGAACAGCGAAACUUGGCGCAGAGGCAGGCAAAGGAGCACAGGAUGGAGCAGCAGGAGGCUGCAGAGCGGGAGUUUAAGCUCCUCAGAGACUUAUCUGCUGCCAACGAGAAGAACCUGCUUCUGCAAAACCAGGUGGACGAGUUGGAGCGGAAGGUGAGAGCUCAGCAGGAGCAGCUGUUCCUGGCCAGGCAGGAGCUGAGCAACACAACGGCGGAGCUGAAGAUGCGGGCCAACCAGGCCGAGGGUGGGCACAGGCAGGCCGCGGCUGAGGGCCCCAGAGGGGGGAGGACAGGGAGUGAGGGCCCCUCAGGGAGCCCCACCCGUGCUCUGCCCCCUGCGCUUCCAGAGCGUCUGGAACUGGAGAAGAAAAGGUCCCGACAGAGCUUGGAGGACUUGGAGCAGCUGCGAGCCAAGGAGGUGGAGCACAUGACUCGUCACCUGGAAGAGAGCGAGAGAGCCAUGCAGGACAGGGUACAGAGGCUGGAGGCCUCGCGGCUAUCCCUGGAGGAGGAGCUGAGCCGAGUGAAGGCGGCGGCUCUCAGUGAGCGUGGCCAGGCUGAGGAGGAGCUCAUUAAGGCCAAGAACCAAGUCCGUCUGGAGGAGCGGCAGCAUCUGGCUCACCUGGAGGAGAAGCUGCGGCUGCAGGCCCAGGCUCGGGACGAAGCUCAGAGCGCCUGCCUGCAGCAGAGGCAGACAGUGGCCGAGGCCCAGGCCCGGGCCAGCCAGCUGGGCCUGCAGGUGGAAGGCCUGAGACGACGCCUGGAGGAGCUGCAGCAGGAACUGAGCAACAAGGACCAAGAAAAGGUGGCUGAGGUGACCAGGGUGCGGGUGGAGCUGCACGAGCAGAAUGGCCGCCUGCAGGCAGAACUGACGGCCCAGGAGGCCCUGAAAGAGAAGGUGGCGGCCCUGGAGCGUCGGCUGAAAGUGAUCGCAGGUGACCACCGGGAGGCGCUGCUGGACAGGGAGAGUGAGAACGCCUCUCUCCGGGAGAAGCUUCGGCUCAAGGAGGCCGAGAUCGCCCGGAUCCGGGAGGAGGAGGCCCAGAGGGCCGGCUUCCUGCAAAAUGCUGUCCUGGCUUAUGUCCAGGGGUCUCCUCUGAGGGCUGUGAACCCCCAGAAGUGAAGGGAGGCAGGAGACUCGGGGAGGGCAGGAGGGCAGCAUCUCCUAGACAUGUGUGCCCCAUCGCUGCCCGUCCCUGCGUCUCCAGACACAGCCUGGCUGACAGUCUGGCAGCCGAGGCAGGGUCUACGGCUGGGGACUUGGAAAAUUGGGGCCCAGCCGGAUUAGUGAGUGGGGACCGCCGCUGCUCAGCACCAGCUACCGGGCUAGGCCAGCCCAGGGCUGCUGGCCACCAGGACCGGAGGGGGCACCCCCUGGGCCCUUCCCGAGCCUUCCUCCCAGUACCAGGUGAUAAGCCUGACAUGCAUCUGAGGAAAAGCCCCCAUGGCGGAGGAAAAUCCAAAAGAGCUGUCCCCAGCUCCACCCCAGCCCCUCCUCACAAUCAGCUCCUCCAAUGUAACCACACAUGCUCCUUUUACAAUGUAACCAGGAGUGCUGCGCGCUGGCCCAGGCCUCCUGGGUCUUUUGAAAUACACAACUUUUACACUUUGUGAUA